AGUAAUUUUUUAGGUCUUCAGAAAAUUAUCUAAACUUUUUAUCUUUACUUUUACUUUCACUUUGAGGGUUUAAAAGAUUUUCGAGUUAAACUAUUCUGUCAAACUGUUUUGAAUUUCGAAGAAAGAAACUUAUCGAGCUCCAAUAUGUAUUGGUUGCAUAUAUCAUCAUUUGUGAUCUCUAUGGUGAUUUUACAAACUACUGGACAUGAAACCCCCAAGUGUAAUCAGAAUGACAAGUCGUUAUCAUACUUAGAUGCCGCUUUGGAUAUGGUUAUAAAAGCGAAAGAUACCUAUCCUGUCUGUCCAAAUGUACCUGCCAAUAGAACAGCUAAUCCGAUCGAUUGCACAGAAGUACUGCGCAAUGGUUAUAACGAAAGUGGCGUCUACAGCAUCUGGCCGAAGAGCAGAUUGAUUAACGACAAACCAAUAGAUGUAUUUUGUGACAUGGAAACUGAUGGAGGAGGAUGGAUAGUUCUGCAAAGAAGAGGAAAUUUCAACAGACCGACCGACUAUUUCUUCAAAGAUUGGGCAAGUUACAAAAUUGGAUUUGGUGAUAUUGAAAAAGAUUUUUGGCUAGGCAAUGAUAACAUAUUCGCCUUAACCAAUCAACGACUCUACUCGAUCAGAUUCGAUUUGAAGGCCGUGGAUGGGGAGAAGAGAUACGCCCUCUACGACAGUUUUUGGAUUGAUGACGAAACUCAUAAAUACACUUUACAUAUUAAAGAUUACAGCGGCGAUUCAGGGGAUUCAAUGACUGCAUCCCAUAACAAUCAGAAAUUCUCUACGAAAGAUCAAGACAACGACUCCUACAAAGGUGCUAGCUGUGCUGAAUCGUACAAAGGCGGAUGGUGGUACAGCGCUUGCCAUUCAUCCAAUCUGAAUGGCCUCUACCUGAGAGGAAAGCACGAAAGCUAUGCGAAUGGAGUGAACUGGAACAGCUGGAGGGGCUACCAUGAAUCCCUCGAUACCACCGAAAUGAAGAUACGCCCCAAGGAUUUCAGAAAAAAUUUCAUCAAAGUCGAUUCUCCACAAGCCCUUUGAAAUAAUGAAGUUUUUUUGUU